AUGCCGAAAAGCAACAAGUCUGCGCAGCAGCCGAGGCACACCCCGCUCCCCUCCCCGCCCUCUCCGAAGGCAGAAAUGAAUUUCUUCCCGAAGCAGCCGUCGCCGUUCAGCGCCCCAGGAGGGCAGAUGAAGUUUUCCCCCAUCUUUCCGGGUUCUCCCCAACCGAGAGAGACCAACCCGGCCUUCCUCACCAAGAACUUCAGCUCGAUGACAUUGAACCCCCAGAUGGCCCCUCAGAGGCCCCCUCAGAUGGCCCCUCAGAGGCCCCCUCAGAUGGCCCCUCAGAUGCCCCCUCAGAUGGCCCCUCAGAUGCCCCCUCAGAUGGCCCCUCAGAUGCCCCCUCAGAUGGCCCCUCAGAUGCCGGGAGAAACCGGGAGCCCUCCCAGGACAAAGGGGCUGGAGAACAACCUGUACAGCCAGUACGAGGAGAAGGUGCGGCCCUGCAUCGACCUCAUCGACUCCCUGCGGGCCCUGGGCGUGGAGCAGGACCUGGCCCUGCCCGCCAUCGCCGUCAUCGGGGACCAGAGCUCGGGCAAGAGCUCCGUGCUGGAGGCGCUGUCGGGCGUCGCCCUCCCCAGAGGCAGCGGAAUCGUGACCAGGUGUCCGCUGGUGCUGAAGCUGAAGAAGCAGCUGGCAGGCUCCCCGUGGGCAGGGAAGCUCAGCUACCGGAGCAUCGAGCUCCAGCUCCAGGACCCCUCCCAGGUGGAGAGGGAAAUACACAGAGCCCAGAACACCAUCGCCGGGAAUGGAGUUGGCAUCAGCCACGAGCUCAUCAAUCUGGAGAUCACCUCCCCUGAGGUUCCGGAUCUGACCCUCAUUGAUCUUCCCGGCAUCGCCAGGGUGGCUGUGGGAAAUCAGCCCCAGGACAUCGGACAGCAGAUCAAGGCUCUCAUCAAGAAGUACAUCCAGAGGCAGCAGACCAUCAACUUGGUGGUGGUGCCCUGUAACGUGGACAUCGCCACCACAGAGGCGCUGAGCAUGGCUCACGAGGUGGACCCCGAAGGAGACAGGACCAUCGGGAUCCUGACCAAGCCGGACCUGGUGGACAAGGGCACGGAAAAGACUGUGGUGAACGUGGCGCAGAACCUGACGUACCGCCUCAAGAAGGGCUACAUGAUUGUCAAGUGCCGGGGCCAGCAGGAGAUCACCGACAAGCUGAGCCUGGCGGAGGCCACCCAGAAAGAAAGGAUGUUCUUCCAGGCGCAUCCGUAUUUCAGAGUCCUCCUGGAGGAAGGCAAGGCCACAGUGCCCCGCCUGGCAGAGAGACUCACCACCGAGCUCAUCUGGCACAUCAACAAAUCACUGCCGCUGUUGGAGGAUCAGAUCCGAGAGAGCCACCUGAACGCCACGGAGGAGCUACGCCAGUGCGGGGAGCACAUCCCCAACACCGAUGCCGACAAGAUGUUCUUUCUGGUCGAGAAAAUCAAAGUGUUCAAUCGGAACAUUGAAAGGUUAGUAGAUGGAGAAGAAGUGGUGAAGGACAAAGAGACGCGCUUAUACAACAAACUCCGGGAGGAGUUUAAACACUGGGUCCGCGUACUUGCAGCCAAUUCCCAAAAGGUUAAAAAUAUCAUUCAUGAAGAAGUCUCAAAGUAUGAAAACCAGUACCGGGGCAAAGAACUUCUUGGGUUUGUCAACUACAAGACGUUCGAGACCAUCGUGCAGCAGUACAUCCAGCAGCUGGUGGAGCCCGCCCUGAGCAUGCUCCAGAAGGCCGUGGAAAUCGUCCGGCAAACGUUCAUUGAUGCAGCCAAAACACAUUUUGGCGAAUUUUCCAACCUUAAUCAAACAGCCCGGAACAAGAUUGAAGACAUAAAAACCAAGCAAGCAGAAACAGCAACAAAUACGAUCCUCCUGCAGUUCAGGAUGGAGCAGCUGGUUUAUUGUCAAGACCAGAUUUACAGUGAGAUUCUGCAAAAAAUUCGGGAACAGAACUUUAACACGGACGGAAGCGUUUCACAGGCUUCUCCCCUGAGACUGUCUUCUUCGAAUACUCCUCCGUCUUCUGUUUCCUCCAUCACUGAGAUCGGGAUGCACCUGAAUGCAUACUUCCUGGAGACCAGCAAGCGGCUCGCCAACCAGAUCCCAUUCAUAAUCCAGUAUUUCAUGCUCCAAGAGAAUGGCGAUUACUUGCAGAAAGCCAUGAUGCAGAUCCUGCAGGAAAAGGACCAGUAUUCCUGGCUGCUCCAGGAGCAGAGCGAGACCGCGCUCAAGAGGAAGUUCCUGAAGGAGAAGAUCUACCGGCUCACCCAGGCACGGCGCGAGCUCUAUAAAUUCUCCUCUUAA